AUGGCCCGCAAACCACAGAGGGCACAUGGGUCGUUUGAACUCAAAUUAUUUACCAGGGCGGCAAAGAUCGAGAAUAUCAGCCUGGAAAAGUCUGAAGUGGAGCGCAUUAUCUCACUUGGAAGAUUCAGAGGCACAGAGGAGGAGUGGAUACAGACGGGCGAGGCAAAGAGAAUCUUCGAAAGGAUCCGAGCCCAGGAGCAGAACCGGGACAUUUGCCAAUUUGUGGCUGAGAAAUUGGAAAAACUGCAACCGCGGAUAAAUCUGAGGGCAUCUUCCAUCAAGAUCAUGAGCACCGCUAUGGGGAUGGCAAUCAAGGAUACGCACGCCGGGAAUCAAGACAGCUGCCAGCACGACCAGUUUCGAACAGAUAUCAUCGAAGCCUACGAGGCCAAACACCCAGACCAACCAUGGCUUUGGUGCCCAAUUCUGGGUGAUUACCCCGAUGAAGAGGACGAUCAAGCCUCUCACAUCUUCCCUACAUUCAUGGGCAGAGUGCCACGGAUGCCAUAUUUUGCAAGAAAAGCCCGGGGGAGCUCCUCUCCCCCCCUGAGUGGGCUACUUCUGUCCCAACGGCUUAGGCAUUAUUUCGAUGCAGGCAAAUUUGUCAUCGUCCCAGAUGUUCCGGAGAACACGCUUGUGUCCCAGAUCAAGGGGAAGGACGAGCGUAUUUCGAGAUUUCUAGAUCUCACGUUUGGACAGCUGGACGGCCGCCCGCUAAAGUUCCAUUCCAGUUUCCGCCCUGCAGCACGGUACUUGUAUUUCCAUUACUGCGUUCAGAUACUGCGCAUGUGCUGGCAACAUAGCAGCCAGGGAAAGUCUAGUCAGGCGUCUGCCAUUCUCCAGGCAGAGAAAGGAAAGCCAUUUUUGCGGUCCGCGGGGAGAUAUCUCCCACGCAACAUGCUUUUGGCGCUGGUGGAGGAGAUGGGCCACGAAUAUCAAUUCGUCCUAGACGGUGCUGCGUGCAUUCGUUACAAUGCGGACAACCUUCUCCUUGGACUUCUUUCUAGGAACGUUAAGGCACAGCCAUCUAUUUUGGCACCUGGGGUUUUAGAAAUGCUGGUUCGGAAGAUGAAGUUCUGGGGUUGA